CCCAUAUAUAAACCCAAACCCACCACAGUGUCUCAAAACACACCACACCUUCAAACCCUAACCCUAGAAGAAGAAAAAAACCACAACCACCACCAUCUAGGGUUUUUCUUUUUCUCAUGGCUAGUUUGUCAACUAGGAUUUUCUUCAUCAUGUCCCUUGUGUGCCUGGCUCUCGGUCCAAUGGCACAAGGGGAAAUGACAUGUGGCCAGGUUGUGAGCAACCUGACCCCAUGCAUCUCCUAUGUGGUGUAUGGUGGAACCAAUGUUCCUGAACAGUGCUGCAAUGGGAUAAGAAAUCUCUAUGGCAUGGCUCAGACCAAACCAGACCGCCAAGCUGUUUGCAACUGCAUCAAGAACGGUGUUAGGAACAGUGGCUUCAACUACUCUGACUUCAACCUCAACCUUGCUGCUAACCUUCCCAAGAAAUGUGGGGUCAACAUUCCCUACCAGAUCAGCCCCAACACAGACUGCACUAGGGUGCAGUGAGGUUGGUGCAUAUGAUGUUUAUGUUAGCAGUGUUAGAAUAAGAGGCCACGUGACAUGACAAGGGAAUGGCUAGAAAUUGCUUCUUUAAUGUACUAGUGCUCUUGUAUUAUGUCUGUGGUUAUAUAUAUUAUAUAGUGUGUAACUGAGGUUAUGGUGCUGCUUGUGUAGCAUGCAUAUGUAGGCAUUAGUAUAAGAUCAUAGGAAGCUAUGGGAAGAAACAUAUGGUUGUGUAAGCUGUUGUUGUCACUUAUUUAAUGAUAUGAGCAGUUUGGGAAAUAUAAUUUAUAAUUUCAGAGCU